AAAAGUGGGAGCAGUUGAUUGACGUUCUAGAGACCGUUGACGAAGAAACGCCGAAGCUGACUUCUUCUUCCACGCGUUCUCCAAAUCCAAAUGCACACUCGUAUAAAUUGAUCGGAGACGAUCUCUAUCAAAUCAAUCUGAGAUAACAAAAAAAAAACCCAGAUUCCAUUAACCCAGCUCGAGAAUAUAAUGCACGAUUUCUGCUUCACUAUCCCGUACGGGAUCCUUCUGAUCGUCGGAGGAUUUAUCGGGUAUCUGAAGAAAGGAAGUAUUGCAUCUCUCGCCGGAGGAGCAGGCACUGGAUUGCUUGUCGUUCUCGCUGGUUUCAUCAGCCUUAAAGCUUUCGAGAAGAAGAAGACAUCGUUACUCGCUACUCUUCUCGAAACAGUCAUUGCAGCUGCUCUCACAUUUGUCAUGGGACAACGGUUCUUGCAGACUCAGAAGAUUAUGCCAGCUGCUUUGGUAGCUGGAAUCAGUGCUCUCAUGACUUGUUUCUACGUAUACAAGAUCGCAACUGGCGGCAACCACAUACCACCGAAAGCUGAAUGAUUAGUGUUAUACACUCCGGUUGUCGAUGAAGCUCCUCCACUGUUGAAAUAAGGUAUAUGGAUUUUAGAUUUACAAAUCAGGAUAGUGUAGAUAAUACUGAUUACGCUCUAUAAGGGAGUUUAGUUAUCUUGGUCCCUAGGUGAACAUGGUUUUCCUGUAAGAAUCUCUUUCAUAAAUCUAAUUUGUAUUUUCUUAUGAUCGAAUCAGGCUGUUCCAUUUACUAAGAAGCUAUUAGCUCAUAACUGUGUUCAAAAGAUAACAAUUAAAAUA